AUGGAUCCUUUUCCCCACAACUCCCACGGGUUUGUAAACCUAUUAUCUCCACAGAGCAGUCAAACAAUUGACUUAGCGUCUGCUGAGAUGCCUAGGUUUAGUAGCCAGCAGUCUGAUGUUCCUAAACCAGUGGAAAGGAAAAGGUGGACAGCACAAGAAGAUAUUGUGCUCAUCAGUGCUUGGUUUAACACGAGCAAGGAUCCAAUAGUUAGUAAUCAGCAGAAGGCGGGGUCGUUUUGGAAGAGGAUAGAGGAGUAUUUCAACGCAAGCGCUAAGUUAAGUGGCUUUGCUGAGAGAGAGUGGGGCCAGUGUAAGCAGAGGUGGGGACGGGUGAAUGAGCAGGUGUGUAAGUUCGUGGGAAGCUACGAGGCGGCUUUGAGGGAGCAAGCUAGUGGCCAGAAUGAAAAUGAUGUCAUGAAGGCAGCCCAUGAGAUUUUCUUCAAUGACUACCAGGGCAAGUUCAUGCUUGAACAUGCGUGGAGAGAACUUAGGUUCGAUCAAAAAUGGAGAUCAAACUUUCUGUCCAGAGAUGGUGCAAAGGAGAAAAGGAAGGAACCAGUGGAGCUGCCUGAUGAGGAAGAAGUUAGGCCUCCGGGUGUUAAGGCUAGCAAAGCAGCCAAACGCAAGAAGCACGAGAAAGAAGCAGCUUUUGAUCAGAUCCAGAGCAUACUAACCAUGAAAAAUAACAUUUCCAAACAGAAAAUCCUUGAUCGUCUACUAGCCAAAAAUCAAGAUACACUUUCUGAAGAACAAGUGUCUCUACAGAAUAAACUCAUAUCUGAAAUGGUUAACUCGUUUAAUGGUCACGGGUUGCAGGAGGUGGAUGCUUGUCAUGGGUUGCAGGAGGUUAAUGGUUGUUCUGUAUGUCAGUCUGUUUAG